AUGAACACUGGGGUUGACACAACUAAACCAACAACGUUUAGUGCAAUUUUUAAGCACAUUUCACCACCAACCGCUGUGGAUAAUUGCCUUUAUUGCCACCUAAUUCAUCCUAAAUUAAAAAACCUUGUCAUUACUCGUGGUGGAUUCGUUGAAAUAUAUAAUGUUAAAUCCAGUGCUUCUGGGGAAACGCGAUUUAAUUGGGUAUACGGAACAUCCGUAUACGAAAAUAUCGCUGACAUUGUCACUGUACGCUUCACAGGUGAUCUUUUAGAUUCACUCCUUCUGAGUUUCCCGGAAGCUAAGGUUGCUGUAAUGAACUUCAAUCCUGUCACAUUUGAACUAAGGACCUUAUCCCUUCACAACUACGAAUUUGAAAACCUUAAGUCAGGUCGAAUGAACUUUACAAAGCUUCCUAUUCUAAGGCUAGAUCCACACCAACGUUGUGCCGUUAUGCUAGUAUACGACCGUCAUCUCGCCGUUUUACCUUUCCGACGUACAGAAGUUUUAGUGUCCGCAGAAACAGAUCCAAAACAUAUUAGUGUCAGAAACUCGCUUUUGUGGCAGCAAAGAGCGACAGCACCAUUAUUAGCCACGUUUACGACGUGUCUAAGCACAUCAACUGGAGAAAAGAUUAACAAUGUCCUUGACAUGCAAUUUCUUUACGGAUUUUAUGAACCAACAUUGUUGGUGCUAUAUGAACCCAUUGGUACGUGGGCAGGACGCGUUUCAGCUCGAAGAGACACAUGCUGCAUUGUGGCACUAUCUUUCAACCUUCAAAAGCGGACGAAUCCAGUUAUAUGGUUUCAAGAAUCUCUACCAUUUGACUGUCGUUCAGUCAUUUCUGUACCUCAACCAAUAGGUGGAGUCGUAGUUAUGGCUGCAAAUUCCAUUUUAUAUUUGAAACAGACGCUCCCAUCAUGUGGUCUCCCACUAAACUGCUAUGCACAAAUAUCGACCAAUUUUCCUAUGCGUCAAGACGUGCCAUCUUGCGGUCCGUUAAGCAUUGACGGUUGUCGUGUAGUUACUUUAAAUGAAACACAGUUUUUGAUUGGUACACGAUCUGGGAAUCUCUAUUUGCUCUCACUCUGGCUUGAACAAGCCACUCAGACUGUGACCAGUUUGCUGUUUCAUAAAGUUGGUCACGCAGUACCUCCUCAGUGUAUGGUUCUUCUAGAAUCGAAAUAUCUAUUCAUUGGUUCACGCUUUUGCGACUCUGUCUUAAUGAAAAUCGAUUAUUCUUUAUUAUGUGUUGAUGCAAAUGGAAAAGAAGUAGAUCAUCAGCUGUUAGAUCAAUCUAGUGGUACUAAUAAUACGUUAAAGAAUUCAAAACUUGCAGAUGGCAAAAGUAUUGUUGAAGACGAUUCCGAUGAGAUUCCUAAUAAAUGUCCUCGUAUAGAAAGAGAAGGAGAAAACGACAAGAUGAUAUCAAAGUCGCUAUCACAAAGUACAAAAAGGAAUACACUAAAUGAAAGUGAUAUCGUAUCAGACAAUCAUUAUAAAUUUGAUGACGUCGAUGUUGAACUCUAUGGUGAAAGUAUUCUUAGUCCGCCUUCGAUUUAUCGAGAAAUUAUUAAUUAUAGUUUUAAAGUAGUAGACCGAUUGAUCAACUUGGGACCAAUGGGACAACUAACGUCUGGUGAAGUUCCAUGUUUAGCUCCUGGUAAUACUGAUCCUACAGAUGAGGCUCUUACUUAUGCACAAGCAGAGAUGCACCAUGUUGAGUUAAUGGCAUGUAUACCACGUUCAUUUAAUGUACCAACUGAGAAGAAUCCGGUUUCUGGUGGAGGUGUAGCACUUUUGCAUACAAGUGUAAGACCAAGAGGUUUAACUGCUUUUGAAUUGCCUGAAUAUAUGAGUUUAUGGUCCCUUUAUGGUCCACCUAUAGUUACUCCUGUUCAAAGCAUUCCUUCCUCUCCUGUUAGUAAACCUUCAAUUGGAACAAACAGUAGUCCAACCACAGCUUCAAACGGAAAACUAGAAAUACCAGACAUUCAUUCAGAAGAAGAAAAGAUAGAUGAGAAUUUAGUAGAAAAACCAACAGAACUCAACGAAGAUACUGAGAAAACUACAGGUGUCACUGAAUGCAUUACAGAUAAUGAUACAGACAAAGAAACUUCUAAGGAUAAUGAACCAGUUGUAAAUAUAUUUGAUGAAAAUGAAAAAAAAGUUGUAAAUGAAGACAAUUUUGAUGCAGAAUCGGAGCUAUCUAAUGAUCUAACACAUAGUUAUCUUUUACUGACUAGAGAAGAUUCUACAAUGAUUCUUGAAGUGAGUCAUGAAAUAGUGGAACUUGAAGUAAGUGGAUUCAAUACUACAGAAAUGACUGUGGGUGCAUUCAAUUUGGGUUUUGAAUACAUUCAACAAGUUAGACGAGAAACAAAUAAAAACAAUAAUGAUUCUGAUAAUAUGCCAGAUCAAUUGACUAAUUUUGCAACCACUAAGUUAACCAAACGAAAUGAAAUGAAAUCUCCUAAAGAAUAUAUUGUGGGAAUUGAUUAUCCCUACAUAUUACAGGUUUCACCUACAUCUUUACGUUUACUUGAUGGUCCAAGACUUAUAGAGUAUGUUCAAGUGACAUUAGAAUGGCGUAUACAUUUAGCUAGUUGUGCUGAUCCUUAUAUUUUAUUAUGUACUGAAGAUGAUGAAUUAUUUUUAGUACGGUUAAAAAGUCAAGAUGACAUUAAUAGAUUUAGUCCAAUAAAAAAGUCAAAUAAUAAAGUUAUUACAUCUACACUAAUCGAUGAAAAUGGUGAUCAACCUGCAAAAUCAAUAUCUACAACUCAUUUAGAAGUGAUCAGACCGAAAGUUAAACAGGUAUCUGCACCGCUUUGUUUCAGUUUAUAUCAUGAUUAUGCUGGACGUUUAACUCGAUGGCUGUGGGCUUGUAAAGACUUACCAGCUGACAAUUCAUUUUUCAACCUACACACAACUGCUUCUGUGGAUCACUUAGUUUCUUGUCCAGGAAUUACAUCUUGGCCAGAACCUGGGUCAACUACUCCAGCUGCGGAUUUCACAGCACCAUUCGCUUCACCAACAGAGAAAUCCGCACAGUUGAUCAGUGCAUCAGAAGAAGAAAGUAUUCUACUUUAUGGUGAACCAAUUGAAAUUUGUAAAAGAGAAGGUUCUGUAGCGCUUGGUAAUAGUACAUUGCAACCACCUAAAUUUUCUCUGUCUACUACAUCUCAUUCAUCUUUAAACAAUAGUUUGACGGAAGCUAAUGUUAUGGAUGAUUUAACAGAAGAAAAACUGUCGAAGUAUUUCGCAUUUAUUGUAUUCACCAAUGGUGUGCUUGAAAUUUAUAGUUUACCCGAUUUCACUUUACUCUAUGAAGUCCAUCAUUUCACAGAUCUUCCACAAAUGUUGAUAGAUCAUCGAGGUGUAAGUAGUGAACAACUUCAUAAGCCGUAUACAAACUCACAAAAUGUACCAUAUACAGAAGACGAAAGUAUACCACCGUCGAUUUUGGAAAUUCUUGUCUAUCCUGUCGGAAUCGAUAAAGAUCGCCCAGUGUUAAUGGUUCGAACUAGUCAAGAAAUAGCAUUUUUUGAAGCAUUAUGCCCUCUACCAGAUGAAGCGUAUCCUCUUAUUUCCGGAACGUUUUAUGAAGGAAGAUUACGCUGGAGACGUUUACCUUUACCUUGUCCACUUGUUGCACCACGUCGUGUCCGAACUGAUCCGAAAAUUAUGGAUGUUCAGUCCACAUUAUUAACAAGAACACAUAUGCUGAGAAGUUUCGAAAAUAUUGGAGACCAUCGUGGUGUAUUUGUAUGUGGAGGAAAUCCUAUUUGGUUAUUUGCUACAGAAUCGGGACAACUUCGUGUAUUUCCACAUUCAAUCGAUGGAAUAAUGGGUAGUUUCGCACCAUUAAAUGCAGAAAUUUGUCAUUCAGGAUUUGUCUAUUUUACAUUCUCUAAUGAAAUGCGUCUAGCUACCCUACCUCCAGGCUAUUCGUUUAAUGAACAUUUAGGAAUAAAAUGGAUUACUCUUGAUCCAGUGCCUUACUAUGUACAAUACCAUGUAGAAAGUAAGACAUACGCUGUUGUCGGUAUUCAUUCAGAACCGUGUAAAUCUGUAUUUCGAUUAAAUGCUGAAGGUAAUAAAGAAGAAGAUGUUUUAGUUCGUCCUAAAACAUGUGUUCUACCAACCUUAGACUAUUACUCUUUACAAAUGUAUGCACCAAAUUUAACUGCUAAUCAUCGUAAUAAACAAUCCCCAUGGCUAUUGAUUCCCAAUACGCUCAUUGAAUUUGAACCGUGGGAAGUUGUCACAUGUUUGAUUACAGCACAAUUAGCAUCUGAAGAGACGUUUCAUGGCACAAAAGAUUAUUUGGCUUUAGGUGCAAAUUUAUCAUAUGGUGAAGAAAUACCUGUACGUGGUCGAAUUCUAAUUUUAGACGUGAUUGAUGUAGUACCAGAACCUGGUCAACCACUUACACGACAUAAAUUGAAAAUUAUACAUGAUGGUGAGCAAAAGGGUCCAGUGACAGCUUUAACUAGCUGUCAGGGUCAUUUAAUCAGUGCAAUUGGACAAAAGAUCUAUAUUUGGACAUUGAAGAAUACUGAUCUUGUGGGUGUAGCAUUUGUUGACUCGGAAUUAUACAUCCAUAAUUUAUUAUGUGUGAAAAAUUUAGUUUUAGCAGCUGAUGUAUUAAAAUCUGUUCAGUUGUUAAGAUUUCAAUCAGAUUUACGUGUUCUCUCUGUUGUCAGUCGAGAUAAUAUCUCUAGAGAAGUGUAUACAUCCAACUUUUUUGUAGAUGGUCGACGUUUAGGAUUCAUGGUAUCUGAUGAAUUGGGGAAUGUUACCAUCUAUAGUUAUGAUCCAUUAGAUCCUUCAAGUCGUUCUGGAAGACGGCUUGUUCGUUGUGCAGAUAUGCGUUUACCAUCUCGUGCAACCUGUUCACUUCGUGUGGCCAAUCGACUUAGACAUGCUUUACUCUCAGUUAAACCUUCGUCAACAACUACAGCGUCAACAUUGACAGCAGGAACUUCAGCGACCAACCAAAAUCCUACUAAUACUAUUUUAGAUAAUAUAAGUCUUGUUGAUUCUGUUAGUCAAAUGAAUAACUUAAAACAAUCACAACAACAAUCUACAGCUGCACAACAAGGGACCACCAAUCCUAACUCUGGUGUUGAUCCAGAGAAAUUUAGACAGUCUAUAUAUUUUGGCAGUCAGAAUGGUUCUAUUUACCGAAUCGGUCCUAUACGUGAUAAAAUGUAUAGUCGCCUUCGUAUAACUGAGAAAAAUUUAAUCCAUCAUCUUGGACCUAUAUGUGGUAUGCCGCCUAAAUCAUGUUGGUCAUAUAAUCGUCCUCAACCAGAAUUAGCUAAUCCAUGCGGUAAAGUUGCAGACGGUGAUUUAAUUUGGCGUUAUCUAACUUUACCACAUUGUCAACGUUUAGAGAUAGCUAAAAAAUCCGGUCAAAGUUUAGAAAGUAUAAUGGAUGAUAUUGCAGAAUUGAUUGCAACUACAUUGCAUUUCUGA